AUGGGAGCGCACGUUACUCGCCACGAUUUUGAUUGGUCUUACACCGAAGAACCGCACGCAACCCGUCGCAACAUAAUUUUAAAAAAACAUCCAGAAAUCAAAGAUCUAUUUUGUUUGGACCAAGCUUUCAAGUAUGUCGUCACGGCGAUGGUCGUUACGCAGAUCAUUGCUUGUUAUUGUUUGAAGGAUUCUUGUUGGCUACUGAUCCUGAUUCAAGCGUAUUGUUCUGGUGGAGUUUUUAACCACGCUCUUGAAUUGGCGGUUCACGAAGUCUCGCAUAAUGCAGCGUUCGGCAACGGGCACCCGUUCAAGGCACGUUGCUCGAUGCUUACUAAUCAAUUGACUAAUUACUACUUUGAAUUUCAGAAUCGCUUCUUUGGUAUAUUCGCUAAUUUACCCAUUGGAAUACCGUUUUCUGUAAGCUUUAAGAAGUAUCACCUGGAACAUCACAGGUAUCUUGGCGAGGAGGGUUUGGACACCGAUAUACCCACGGAACUGGAGGCUCGACUCUUCAACACGACUUUCAGGAAGUUCGUAUGGCUUGUGUUUCAGGCUUUUUUCUACGCUUUUCGACCGCUAAUUAUUUAUCGAAAGAGUUUGUCCGACUUCGAAAUCCUCAACAUGAUCGUACAGUUCACUUUCGAUUACUGUAUUUAUUAUUAUUUCGGUGGUAAAGCGAUUGCAUACCUGUUGCUUUCUUCGUUUCUUUCCAUGGGAGUUCACCCGACCGCCGGUCAUUUCAUCGCUGAGCAUUACGUUUUCAAGCCUUGGCAGGAUACAUAUUCGUAUUAUGGCCCGUUGAACAUGGUCACCUUCAACGUCGGCUAUCAUGUGGAACAUCACGACUUUCCUUUUAUAAGUGGCAACAGACUUCCUGAAGUAAGUUCUUCAACUGAUGAUAAUAUUUUUUAA